CGGUUCCUGAGAUUUUGCUUCCGUUCUUCGCACCCCCCGCCUCGUGACGUCGUUCGCAGGACCAACUUCAAUGUUCAUCCGUUAUACCAUUCACCAUGCAAGCAAUCAAGCUGGGCAAAAAGUACCCCGACCUCAAGCAAGAUGAGAUCUUUGACCUCAUCAACAAGUUCAAGCAAAUCGAUGUCGAAGACCGAGGAUCUCUAGACAAAGCCGAGGUCAUUUCCGCACUGCAAUCGUCUGGUGAUGCAGACUACGACUCGGCCCGUGAAACCCUCAAAAGCGUCAACGUCGACUCGUCCGGCCGACUUGAAGUCGAAGAUUGGGUCCAGCUGCAUUCCCUCCUCAAAGCGGGCAAGAACAAUCUUGAAUCGAACAAGGGCAAAAUCUCGGUCAAGGGCACGGCUGGAACCAAUGCCCAGCACACUGUCAACGAAGACGAGCGUCGGUCAUUCACUGAUCACAUCAACGGAGUCCUCGGGGGAGACAAAGAUCUGGAACAUGUCCUGCCCAUUCCCACCGACACGAUGCAAUUGUUUGACGAGUGCAAAGACGGUCUGGUCCUCUCCAAACUCAUCAACGAUUCGGUCCCUGAAACGAUCGACGAGCGAGUCCUUAACAAACCCACCGUAGCCAAGGCCACUGGCAAGGCCAAGCCACUUAAUGCCUUCCAAAUGACUGAGAACAACAACAUUGUCAUCUCCUCGGCAAAAGGUAUCGGCUGCUCCGUCGUCAACGUCGGAUCGCAGGAUCUCGUCGAGGGUCGAGAGCACUUGAUCCUCGGUCUCAUCUGGCAAAUCAUCCGUCGCGGAUUGUUGAGCAAGAUUGACAUCAAGAUUCACCCCGAGUUGUAUCGCUUGUUGGAGGAUGGCGAGACGAUGGAAGAAUUCUUGCGACUUCCACCCGACCAGAUCCUCUUGCGUUGGUUCAACUACCAUCUCAAGGCCGCCGGGUGGCAGCGAAGGGUGACCAACUUUACCAAAGAUGUCUCGGACGGAGAAAACUACACAGUCCUGCUCAACCAGCUCAAACCUGAUGAAUGUUCCCGGUCCCCGCUCCAAACUCGCGACCUGCACAAGCGUGCCGAAGAGAUCCUCCAAAACGCCGACAAGAUUGGCUGCAGACGCUUCCUCACCCCCAACUCGCUCGUCUCUGGAAACCCCAAGCUCAACCUCGCCUUUGUCGCCAACCUGUUCAACACGUGGCCCGGCCUCGCUCCUCUCGAAGAGACCGAAGCACCACCCCCUAUCGAAGACUUUGACGCGGAGGGCGAACGCGAGGCGCGAGUCUUCACCCUCUGGCUCAACUCGCUCGACGUGGACCCAGGAGUCUACAACUUGUUUGAGGAUCUCAAAGACGGCAAUGUGCUUCUCCAAGGAUUCGACAAGGUCAUUCCCGGCUCGGUCAUCUGGCGCCGUGUCUCCAAACCGCGUGAGGGUCAGGAGCUUUCCCGAUUCAAGGCCGUCGAAAACACAAACUACGCCGUCGACCUUGCCAAAGCCAACGGCAUGCACAUUGUGGGCAUCCAAGGCGCCGAUAUCGUCGACGGGACACGCACCCUCGUCCUCGGUCUCGUGUGGCAGCUCAUGCGUCUGUCCAUCAAUCAAACGCUCGCCUCGAUCUCGAAAGAUGGCAAGGGCGUGACGGAUCAGGAGAUCGUGCGAUGGGCCAACGAUACGGUGAAGAAGGGUGGCAAAAGUAGCACGAUGAGAAGCUUCAAGGAUCCAAGUCUGUCCAACGGCGUCUUCUUCCUCGACUUGCUCAACGGAGUCAAACCGGGCAUCGUAGACUACUCUUUGGUCAACAACGGCACGGACGAAGAGUCCAAACGGAUGAACGCCAAACUGGCCAUCUCCAUCGCCCGAAAGCUCGGCGCGUUGAUCUUCCUCGUUCCAGAGGACAUCGUCGAGACCCGUCCGAGAUUGAUUCUGACGUUUGUGGGAGCCCUGUGGAGUGCCUCGUUGCACCAAUAACAGAAAGCAUGCAUCUGAUGUGUC